AUGCCGACUGUGGAUGUGACGGUGGAGCCCGUGAGUGUCGAAGUCGAGGUGCCGGACGAGUGCACCGUUGGCCAAUGGAAGCGCAUGCUGGGUGACGGCUGGCUUGGGGACAAGAUCCUGUACAGCCACAAGCUUCAGUGCUUUAUGGUCGACCAGGGCGGCGCGCUGGGCGACGAGGAGUCGAUACCGACGCUCCCCAAUCGGAUCUUCAUGAAGGGCCCUGGGAGCGUGCUGAAGAUGCUGGAGCUGGCGCUCAACAAGCAGAGCGGCCGCCGGACGAGCAAGUCAAUACCAAAGAUGCCCUUGGAGCGCGGGUACGCGCCGAAGGUAGCGCUGCCGCCCGCAGUCCCGAAGGCUGGUGCCUGGGUGGGUUUAGGGUUUAGGGUUUAG